UCAGCAAAUGGUCUCGGCAAUGGCACAAACGGUGUAAAUGGAAUCGAUGACGAUUUUGCAAGUAAUACCUUUACACCACUCUACGAAGGCAGUAGUCUAGACCGAAGAGAAUUCAUUCGCAUCACAGUGCAAAGCUUGCGAGAAUUGGGCUUAGAGUCAAGUGCAAAGUCACUUGAAUUGGAAUCUGGAAUUUCGCUAGAGCAUCCCUCCAUCAUUGGAUUUCGAUCGGCCAUCUUAUCGGGAGAUUGGAAGAAUGCUGAGCGUCUUUUGCUCGAUGGCCUUACAUACGGUGCCAGCAGAAUGAUGGCCAGAAUGGGACCCUCAGCGCCCGAAACGUCAAGAAAUGGUGCACUUUCGAUGGCAUCAUCAUCUUCUGCCGUUAUCGAUUUAGCAUUGCGUGAUCCUCAUUCUCGUGGAAUUGAUUGGAUCAAAUUUCUCAUCUAUCAACAACGAUAUUUGGAGCUUUUGGAAAGUAAGCAAACACGUAAAGCUUUAUCGGUUUUGCGAGAUCGUUUGGCUCCCCUCAAUCAUGGUUCAGACACCCUGCAUCAAUUAUCAAGCUUGGUGAUCUGUGGAACACCUGAAGAAUUAUGCGAGAGGGCAAAUUGGCUUGGGUCAGGAUUAGCAUCUAGACGUAAGCUAUUGGAGGAAAUUGAGACUGCCAUCUCGCCUUCUGUAAUGAUCCCAAGUCGAAGGUUGCCCCAACUUCUUGAACAAGCACAACAAUUACAGAAAUCUCGCGAUCCAUUCUUCAAUCUGCCCUUGGACACACGAAUUUCUCUUUAUGUCGAUCAUCAAUCGGAUCGUUCAGUAUUCCCUACCCGUACAGCUGCCGUGUUGACCGAACAUAAUGAUGAAGUAUGGCAUGUCAGCUUUUCAAAUGAUGGCACCAAACUUGCAUCUGUUGGAAUGGAUCAUGAAGUACUUGUUUGGAGCGUUGGCACAGCACAGAGUGAUUUCCAGGUGGUAAACAGAUUAGGGCCAACAACAGGACAUAUUUGCCAUGUAUCCUUCUCGCCUGAUGAUGCUCAUCUUUUGGCUACUUCAGAUGAUGGAGAAGUGAUUGUUUGGAAUUUGCAUGAUGGAACGAAACAAGAAUAUAAAGGACAUACGUAUGCUGUUGGUACGGGUGCUUGGAUGCCUGACGGACAAGGCUUUGUGACAGGAGGUAUGGAUCGAAAGGUAUGCUUUUGGGAUAUCGAUUUAGGAUUACAGAGAACAUGGAAUACAGGACAAUUCCGAGUGCAAGCAAUAGAUGUUUCACCUGAUGGUCGAUAUUUGGUUGCUGUAAGUCAUCGAUAUGUGCCUAAUAAUGCCACUGGAGGAGUAGCGCAUCAAACAUCCACCAGUACUACUUCACGGAUCGCAGCGCAAUUCUUAGGAACAGCAUGGUUUGAUUAUCCUUCGCCUGCCGUGCAUGAUGAGGAAUGGCAUAUGGCACGGUCGCACGAUGAGCAUGAUUUGAUCGAUUUAGGAGGAGGAGCAAGAACGAUGACAAAUGAGCGAUUUCAAUUGCAUUUUUACGAUAUUCGAAGAAAGGAAGAUGUAGGUUCGAUUUAUAUGAUGGAGGAAAUGACCAGCGUUAGCUUUAGUGAUGAUUCAAAGUACGUUUUGAUUAACCAGAGACCCAAUGACGCUUUGAUAUGGGACGUACAAAAGCAAUCUCUCGUUCAUAGAUUUACGGGGCAUAGGAUACACCAACAUGUAAUCAGAAGCUGUUUUGGUGGAGCGGAAAAUUCGUUUGUGAUCAGUGGAAGUGAAGAUGGAUCGAUUUACGUUUAUCAUCGAAAGACAGGUAAAUUGUUGGAUCGUUUACGUGGUCAUAGUAAGGGUAGUGUGAACAGUGUUGCUUGGCAUCCAAGACAGCAUAACAUGUUUGCAAGUUGUGGUGAUGAUGGAACGAUUCGAAUUUGGAGACCC